CACGGUGGGGGUACGACGCCUCUCUAAGCGACGCUCCGCGUCUUCGUCAGUCAAAUCGCGAUCGUCUCAGCGUGAUGGGCCGCCGUUGAGAUCCGCUAGCAAGACGCCGCGGCAAAGUCGUUGGUGACGGGUGUUGAAGAACGGUGUAGUUGAGAAAAAGCAGGCCAAGCGAAAAACACAGUUGGCACGGUCGAAUAUUUCGUGUUACGACGGUUCUCCCCGACGAAUAGAUACUCUCUUCGUGGUUGUCUUCCGGAUUUUCGGCGACACUUGCCAGGCUAAACGAACAAUCUUACUUCCGUAUAUCAGCUUUCAACUGGAUCCUCCACGACGGGUCUUCGUCUCUUCCUGUCGCGUCUACAGACAACACAAUAAGUUAGACUAAGAAUAAGUGAUAAAUCGUAAGAAAGCAUAACAAGCAGUGUAUACUAUCCUCAAGAUGAAGACUUUGACGCUUCUGCUGAUCCUGGUCGCUGCGACGACCUGUCACGAGCCCUUUCAGGUGAUCUUUCAAUGGAACACCACAGACGUGAUCUGGCCAACGGAAGAGGAACAACAAUUCGCUAUCGAGCAUGACGAUUACAUUCCAGCCAACAACUACAUAUCUGGUAUCAAGUUCUGGAAGGGUAAAAUGUACCUGACGAUACCCAGAUGGAAGGGAGGUGUACCUGUGACUCUAGGUGUUACCUCGGCGACACCGGUGAACCGAAACACAGCUCCCAAGUUGGAAGCUUUUCCUAAUUGGGAGAUGCAGAAAGUAGGAGACUGCACUGCCUUCCAGUUUGUCCAGAGCAUGGAGAUCGACCCUCUGGGACGCAUGUGGGUUCUCGACUCUGGAAAGAUAUCACCUUUGUCAGUCGAGACGAAAAGCAACUGUCCACCGAGGCUGGUGAUCCUCGAUCUAGAAAAGGACGGUCAAGUCCUCCGAACGUACGUGUUCCCUACGCACGUGGCUCGCCAUGGUACCGCUUACCUAAACGACAUCGUUCUGGACCACGAGGACGGUGGUAUGGCGUACAUAACCGACAGUGAUCGCGAGGAUCCAGGCAUCAUCGCUUACUCCUUAAGGAACAACACCUCCUGGAAGGUCAGACACGAUUCGAUGAAGGCUAAGCCGGAGGCUGUUAGAUUCAUGAUCUCCAAGACACCGAUCAAUUUAGCGAUACCCGUGGAUGGAAUCGCUCUCUCUCCCGCAAGCGACGCUGACAGACAGGUGUAUUAUUCACCGCUCUCUUCCUUCCACUUGUAUUCCAUACCAACGUCGGUUCUUAAGGCUAACAUAAGCAACGUGGACGGCGACGUGAGGGAGCUGGGAAGGAAGAACUCUCAAACGGACGGUAUGAUGAUGUCAGCGAAAGGAGUGCUGUACUUUGGUCUAUUAGCUGACGAUGCAGUGGCCAUGUGGGACACGAAACAGUCUAACUCGUUCACCACCGGACAGAGAGUGAUCUCCAGGGAUCACGAGAGAAUGCAGUGGCCUGAUACGUUCGCUUUCGACGAGGAUGGUAACUUUUACUGUGUUACCAAUUCGUUUCAAAACGUUCUGAACGAUCGAGUGAACGUAAACGUGCCCAACUAUCGGGUGGUCAGAGCGAGAACCGGGGUGAAGAGUUAUCAGUAUUUGGAGGACGGAAGCGCACCGGAGCAGCCGGAGAUACCCACUUCAAUAGCUAACAGGAUUAGCCUCGCUGUGGCUACCGGAUUAACCAUUCUGUUGGCUUACGCCGUACAGUAACGUCUUUCUCCCUCUUCGUUCUCUUUUUCCUUCGUACAGAUAGACCGUGUUCGGACGUACACGCUCGGGUAUACCAAAGACGUUUCGCUCGUCUCAACAGGGACGUUCGUCUUAUACUUCCAGUUAGAUAACGCACCAUCAAAUCAACCGUCCGGUGCUUCUGCUGGCCUUGAACGUGUAGACCACGUUCCGCAUCGAAGCUUGCUGUCGAAGACAGUAUAUCUGAAAGACAUUGAGACUACUCGUUACUGUUCUUUGUCCAAAAUUAUUUGGUCGUUCGAGGACGUUAAAGAGUUCAUUGUACCAUACUUUAUUACCGAUGUUCAUUAUAUGUAUGUUAUCGUAUACUUCGUAAUUAUGGUGGUUUAUUGAUUUUCGUCAGCUAUCUUCAUUCCUUUACACUUUCGUGAGAAAUAAUUCCGAUGCAAAACGUUUCUCGAUGUCUUCGAGUCAGCUUGAAAAAAAAAAAAAGAAAAAAUUAUGAUACUUUCAUAGAGAGUGAAACUUUCGCCGCGACAUCGUAGCGUUCGCACUUAAUUGACCUCGAAUUAACAUCACCAAUGGAGACUAUUAAAUCUGCCAGUCAAAUUAAGACGCUUCCAGCCCGAUUGCACGGCUGGAAGGGAAACUGAACGAGAAGGAGGGAAAAAUCGACUGUUUUCGUAAUUCAGGCUGCCCCGUCGAGAGGGUUGAAAGGAAGAUGGAACGUUCGUCACAAUCGAGACGAAAGCCAUUAACGAUGAAAGCAUCGAAUAUCGAGGAAUUCCUUUUUCCUGCAGGCAGAAAAAAAAGAUGAUAAGAGAGUGACAUAUUAUCGAUGAACGUGAAUUUAACGGGGUGAUAGUUCAACGGCGACGUACGAUAGAGCAUUGAUAAUAAAUGACCUUUUCGUUAUAUUUCUAAUCCGAGAUUUAUCCUCUAUAACGUGGUGCUGACAACAUUCCAUUUAAAAAUGCAAUUCACGCAAUGCGCAUUCUAGCUUUUGUCAAGAAACCAUAAGUAAAUGUAAUAUACAGUACGAAUGGACAGCAAAGGGUUAACAUAUCAACAUUUUCAUGUUCUUUGAGCGUAAAUUCUGAUGACAAAACUACUCGAUCUUCUCGUUGCGACACGUACAAUAGGUUACAGAGGAUUCUUUUUCAGAUCCAGCCAUUUAUUAUCAACCCGUUACCAUAUUAGUAUCGUUGCGGCGAUAAUUGCCAACAAUUACACCUGUUACUUCUAUUUCUGACCCGAGCGCUUUAGCCUGCAACGAUAUCAUAGGUCCGUGAGUCUCGAUGAAAUGGUAUUUGUUGUACAAUCUACCAGGGAGAAGGGAGAAAGACGAAGAUGAAUCUAGUACCUUAGGUCUCGUCGCCUUACAAACUCGAACUGUGAAUACGUAUACUAUAUAUAAUAAUAUAUAAAAUGUAUGUAUCUAUGUGUGUACAAAUUAGCGUAUACGUACACUACACAUGUACGAAUAGCUUUAAUGCAUAUGGCCUUAUUCGCGACGAUGAAUUGAAAUUGUAUACCACGUUCCGUUGGAAAACGCCGCGUUAUGAGUCAUUUGCCUUGGCGAACGCUACAACAACUUUCCGCCACCAUUUCGCGGCAAUUAUUGCCAGCGAUUAUUAUUCCCUUUCGAGCUGGAUCGAUCCGGAAUCCGUUCGCCACGAUUCAUCCAGCGGAAACCUAUUUCCGAUUCCUUCUCUGUAGAACGUCAACUUUGUCGCUCUCCUCCCUGUAAUUCAAUUUCUCUAAACAGUAUCCCUCUAUACACGACGCGCAGGCGUUACCGAUUACAAGUCUAAGACCGUGUACAAGUUAAUUCUGUAAUUGAAUUUCCAUGAAGUUCCCACUAGGACGGUCUUAAGCUUCUACUCGGUAAUGCGACCACCGUUCUUUGAGCCAAUAAACAGAUACAAUACAGACAGCGAGCACGUGGUUCCUGGUAUAACGUACAGUCCAGGGUGAAAUGAACAUUGAACAUUGAAAUGAAAAAUAAUCGUUUCUGCGUUUAAUUGAAAACUGUUACUCGUUGGGAGUCAAUUGUUCCAAGAGGGGAAAACUCGAAGACGGUUCGGCCAAGGAGGCAUCGAGGCAAUCUCGCUUUCAGCCUCUCUUCCCACAAUUGUCUCCUCUUUCAGCACGCAGCGUCCCAGUUUUGCGGCGAAGUGAGGCGCACGCACAUUAAUACGCGCCACAAACGGAGCCGGGGCUUAGCCCUGAACCGCGAGUCAACGAACGCCCAGGGAGAGGCUCGGAAGAUUACAAAACUUCUCGGAGAACGAGCCGUGCACCUGAGAUUAACAACUGAAAUCUAGGAGUCAGUGUGUAACACCGUGUAUACCGCGUUCUCUCUUCAACUACGCCUACCUUACACAGUUUCUCGGUCAAUGAAUGGAGAACGGAGUCGGAGGAGCGUACGGUUUGCUGAUUGUGCUUUUGGAUCUUCCAGUUCAACUUAAACUUCGAUUAGUUUCUUUACUCGGAUUGCACCUAUUGAUUCGCUGGCUCGGAGUUUCAGGAAACUUCUACUCGUGAAUUCUGCCUUCUAAUUCUUGAAUGAUCCUGCAAAGAUAGAGAUAAGAAUUAGAUGAUUGCAGAAUUAACUUGGAUCACAGAUUUAUCUUCGGUGUUGUAUUACAGUGAAAUUAUUAAUAGAGAUUAAGAAAAAUACGGAUUGAAUACAUAUAUAGAAUGAGUCAUAAAUUGGAUGUAAAAAUGCGAACGCAUAGCCUUCGAUACGAGACUCGCGGCGGACAAUUGUGUUUAUAACAAAUGAUGUCAUCGGACUAUGAAAAGAAUAUUAAACGUUUUUGACUCAUACACGAAGAGUUCGAUGUUUAACGUUGUUCAAGCUGGUUGCUAUUCGCACGUUGGAUAAUUUAAACGCUGAACGAAAGUUCAGGCAGACUGGUCGAUCGAAAUAAAUUAUCCAGGUAACAGUACGUUUAAAUGAUAAAAUAUUCAGACACCGAAGGUUCUGUUUUAUUAAAUAAGGCUAGAAAAAGAAAAUCUUUAAAAAUGUUCGACCAGUCUUCCAGAAUUCUAGUCUAGAGCAGCUAUCGCGGCGCUUUUUGACAAUGGAAACGUCUAUGAAUGUGCAGAGCAGUACAAUAGGCCUGUAAGUAGUGCUUUCUAUUACGCGAGAGCCUCUGAUUGCGUUUGGUUUCGUCGAGGGUUUCGCUCGGUUGAGCCCGAUUACAGUUGAUUUUCAGGCUGGAACGCUUCACGCGCGAACCUAGAAUCGUUUCCUGUUUAUACUGUUCGUUUAAUUCUAUAUGGAAAUAUGCCGUGUCAGAUGAUAAUUGGUAUAAAUUGAUUUCCUUGUUAGCGACGCUAUUUUUUUUUUUCUUCAGCAACUGUGCUCGAUCAGCUGAUUCUUGCAAGGUGAAGCGAAACUGAACUCAACGCAAGUUAAUUAUAUUAUUUCGAGGUCGUUUUACGUACCAACAGAUUUGUACAUGUACUAAGAGGAUUAAUAUAUUUUUUUUUGUAGUCGUAACUCGGCCAGAGUGUCCUGUAACAAAUGAAGCAAGUUCAAAACGAUUCUAUAACAUCAGUUGGAAAGUGAAAAAUAAAAUAUACUUUUUAAAUUCAUUAUUUUAAAAAAAAA